AUGUCUGGCUUUGGUUUGGAUAGUCUUGUGGUUGGGAGUGCAGACCCAAAACGGAAGGCCCUUCUGAAAGGGCCACAGUCCCGCAACUGGACCUCAUUUAUUGAAGCUAUCACCGCGGACGGCCGUUGGUUCUUGACGGAAUUCGGCAAAAUAGCCGACUGGCAUUACAUAACGUCGCCCAACGGAUGGACGGACAACCAUAUCGCUAUUGAGUGGCUUGAGAGGGUCUAUUUGCCCCAGACGCGACCAGCCGAUGCCUCAGAUGCUAGACUGAUCAUAUUAGAUGGACAUGGAAGUCAUGCAACGGAUGCAUGGAUGGCCACAUGCUUUUGA